AAAUUCCUUAAUUCCAGAUGCAUACAGGGCGCGAAGAACCAUCAACCUAGCGGGAAGAAUAACGAAAGAGGAUGUUGAGGAAGCUCUUCGCCGGCGCCAGUGGCACCGUGGACCAAUGGCGCAUGAUAUCAACUCGUCGCUUCUCCUCCAUUUCCCCCGCCGUCGAUUCUAUCGUGCUCCGCUCGCUGAAAGAGCACUACCUCGAAGUCUCUAAAAUGACUCCACCACCAAAGGUGAACCCACCGGCUCCUUUCACAAUCCUGAAAGGCGCACUCGAUUCAGACGGCCCCGUGCUCCGGCGAACUUAUGGCGAUGAAGAGAUAAGUAUAUCAGUUAUGCGGUUAGCCAACAUUAUUCCUGGUGGUGGAGAUGAAGAUGAGGACGGCAUUAAUCAGUUAUUCCUUCAUGUUCAUGUAUCGAAGCCCGAACGAGAGGAUUCCAUUCAUUUCUUGUGUGGGCUUUAUCCAGAUGCAUUGGGAAUUCACUCUGUUUCUAUGCGUCCAAAGCUCCAGUCUUCUCAAUUGUUGGUUGUUCCUAAGAAAUAUAGUGGUCCGAUUUUCCAGGAUCUUGAUGAGAAGAUGAGAGAUGCACUCCAUGGGUACAUAGAAGAGCGUGGUGUGAAUGAGAGUCUCUUUCCAUUUCUCCAGGCAUGGCUUUAUGUGAAGGAUCAUCGGAAUCUUAUGCGUUGGUUCAAAACUGUAGGUACUUUUAUUAAUGAUCGGAAGUCAGCUUGAGCUGCAAGAUGUUUCUUUCGUUGUAUGCUUUAUAUAGAUAGUGCUUUUCACAUGGGCAAGUAAGGGAAUUUGGGAAUGUUAGCUGGUGAAUGGAGAUGUAAGUUUUAAAAUGAAUAUUCAAUUUUAAAAACCAUAUUAGGAUUAAUGAAAACUGUUUUCUAAUUGUAUGGUAAUAACUACCUACUUCACAGGUUCUGUA